GUUUGUUUCCCACUUCGAUAAUCUUAUCAAAGCGCGCAGGAUAACUAACGAAUAAAGUGUUUCCGUUAGGUAUAAUUUUUGCAUCUCAGCCUAAAGAAUUCUUAUUAAAUGGCAGACAUCGAAAUUGAUGAAGAAUGGUGUACAGAAACUAUUGCCGGUUUACUAUUAUUGAUAACCAUGAUGUUUUUAAACGCCAUUCAACUCAAGGAGGAGACAGGGAGUCUGGGGACAACAAUAAAAUUUUGUUUCCUGUUUCCUGUAAUAAUUUGCAUGGUGGCGGUAAUGCUGAUUCUACAACCAGUGUUCUUUGUAUAUCGCAUGGUAAUCUCGAUUAAACUGCGAAACAGGUAUGGAAAUAACUUUUAUGGCUUGUUGUCCGGACUCGACGUUUGCGUUAACCACCCAGUUAAGCAAUACGCAAUGAUUGGCAUUUUGGUCAUUUUUGAAUUCGAUGAUAAUGCCGAAGGACAAACUGUAUUGGAAUGCCUUAAAGAUCUUGUAGAUAAAAACAUUCUAAAAGAUGAUCAGCUAUCCAGAAUGCGUACCACAAUUAAAUCAUAUGGAGGAUACCCCUUCCUCGAGUAUAUUGAUAUGAAGACCGAGGACUGUGUUAAGGAAUUGCCAAUCGUUGACGGUGAUUUGGAUGACGCCGCGUUAACAAGGUUGCUCGGUCGGUGCCAGUACGAGCCAUUUGAUGGCCCUUUUUUGUGGGACGUUAAGGUUGGAACUCAACCUCUUCAAACGGAGAACGACCGUAAGCGGUAUCCCGUAAUGAUCCGCGUCCAUCACGCAUUGACGGACGGUGUCACUUUAAUACAGCUACUCGCGGGAGUGCUCGGUGACAAGCCGAAUGGAACAGUGGGAAAACACGAGAAACUUCAACAGCAAUCCCAGGAUUAUCUUAUAUUGCGAUUGUUUCAAUUCUUGGGCAAGAUCGCCUGCGUGAUCGUGUAUUUCCCCAGCAUUCUGUAUUCACUCGCACUAAUAAAGAAAGAUGUGAAUGAUCUGCACCAAAAGAAAAUGGGGAACGAUGAGAAGGUUGCUUUACUCUUCGACAAGGGCGGCUCGUACUUCCAGAAAGUGAAAAACAUAAGAAGGUUAACAGGGGCUUCAAUUCCCGAAAUCAUAUGCACGGCAUACAGCGAAAGUUUAAAGGCUCACUUCGAGAGGUACCAGAAAAAAAGCUCAAGACAGACAACGUUCCUACUGCCGGUCGUUCACAAUCCGGAAGAAAUCCAAAACAUGCGAGCAAUGAAUAUUAAAGAUCUAAAUUUGAAAAACAAAUUCUCCGCGAUGACCCUUGCAAUACCGUUCUCUGUAGAAAAAAACGGUUACGAUGGCAAUGUUCCACUCUACUGUAAACUACAGGAAGUAAGGAGAAGAGUGAACAUGUUAAAGCGAUCAAUGGAAUUUUACGUGUCCAACGUUUUAUUCCAUAUAAUAGCGCCCUCGUUCCCGGGAGUUUGCCUCUUGCCCUUCGCCUACUUCCUAAAUAAUACUUCAAUAGUUAGUCUGAUUCCGGGAGUUCCAAAGGGAUCUUACUACAACGGCAAGUUGGUGAUGACCGAUUGUAUCUUCUGGGUACCGCAUCUAAUGCAGAUAGAUCUCGCCUUUGGGUCGUUUUCGUACGAUAAUCGUUUGAUUCUUUCGUUCAACUGUGACGGUUUGUAUAUGUCUCAGGAAAUGGCGCAGGAGAUCCUAGAGGACGUUUACAAGAAUAUUGAUUUACUUGGUAAAGAGCUGGAAUACUUACAUAAACGGUUUUAAACAUAGUACGAUAUAAUUAUGUUGUUGUAGUAGUACUUACAAUGUAUGCCCCAGAGAAUAAAAUAAUGGUUCUGCAGA